AUGUUUGAUUGGGAUACGGAUUCGUUCAUGUCCGCAUGGGACAAAAAGUACGUCUCUACUAAUGUCAAGGCCGAGGCACGGCCGUACGAUAGAGACCUCUUUUUAGGCCUCAACUCCAAGUUGGCCACCUCUCAACCCGAGCUACGGAGCUACAGCCAUGCAAUCAUUGCUGCGGCAUGUUGUGCCGUUGGCCGCGCAGACGUUGUCGGGAGGUUCUUUGACGAUAUCACGUUCGAUUCAACUACAGAGGUAUCGGAAAAGACCUUUCUUUGCCUGAGAGAAGCCAUCACCAUCGUCUUCCCAUACAUUGGAAUGCCGACCUGCAUUCCCGCAUGCUAUGGCAUGAUUGGCGUUGUGCAGCGAAAAGGACCUGCGUAUGCCUCGACCCGAGUUCUCCGGAAGACCACAGUCGAUGAGGACGAUGUCAAAAAGGGCCGCGAACUUCGCUCCCGGAUCUACAGCGGAGUUGGUAACUCAGACAUCUUCAGCUUGAUGGAUAAAUACUUUACAGACUUGUUCACCUGCUCAACAGUUGUUACAUGGGGUUAUCUCAUCUCAAAAGCCAACGAAGAGGUUUUCCAGCCUCAGCAGUCGCACUUGAUCAUUGCAGCCUCUAUAGCGGCAUUGGGGGCCACUCGACAGACAAAGAGCCACAUCAAAGCUACACUGGGAAUUGGGAACUCGGUUGCAUGCGUCAAGAGCGUUCUGGCAGUUAUCGCAACAAUUACUGAAUGGGCAGAUCGUCCUAUUGGUACUUUUGAUGUAGAUGCCCUUUCUCAGGAGAGUCAGAAGGCACUGAAGGGGUGA